AUGUCGUACCCUCCCCAAGAAGGAUACUACCCCCCUCCUCCUGGAGGCCAGUACCCCCCUCAACCUCCACCGAUGCAAUAUCAGCCACCACCGCCCCAGGAGUCGCAAAGCAAGGACCGUGGCUGUCUUACCGCAUGUAUCGCGGCCAUGUGCUGUUGCUUCCUGUGCGAGGAAACCUGCGAAUGCUGCAUUGAUAUGGUUGAAUGUUUAUGCUGUGGUUGUUGA